UCGCUUCUCUUAGGCGACAUUGAAACUAAAGAUUCGUCAUUAUACUCAGUUUCUUGUUUUUUUCCGGUGAAUAGAGAAUUUUUCAGGUGACAGUGUUUCAAGAAAUGCAAAGAGUGAGCUUUGAAGUAUCAGGAGGAGGAGGAGGAGGCUACCACUCUGACGCGGAUUCCGGUAACAGCGGUCCAAUGAGCGGCGGUGGUCAAUUACCACCGAUCUAUAAAAAACCAGCGAAUGCUACUAACUCGAGAUUCGCGGCUGAGAACAGUCAGAGAACGCGUACGGCUCCAUACGUGGACCUCACGGUAGAUGUACAAGACGACAGAGUCUCUGUACACAGUUUGAAAAUGGAAGGUGGAUCUAGCGUUGAAGAGAGUCCCGAGCUUACGUUGCUGAAACGGAACCGUCUCGAUAAGAAAACUACGGUUGUGAAGAGGUUAGCCUCUGUUUCUCACGAGCUUAAGCGUUUGACCUCCGUCUCUGGUGGUGGUGGUGGUGGUGGUGGUAGAAAGCCACCUCGAGCGGCUAAGUUAGACCGGACUAAAUCUGCCGCGGCUCAAGCGUUGAAGGGGCUUAAGUUUAUUAGUAAGACCGAUGGUGGCGCGGGUUGGUCUGCCGUGGAGAAGCGGUUUAAUCAGAUCACCGCGACUACCGGUGGACUACUUCUUCGUACAAAGUUCGGAGAAUGCAUAGGGAUGACUUCGAAGGAUUUUGCUUUGGAGUUGUUCGAUGCAUUGGCUAGACGAAGGAAUAUAACAGGAGAAGUGAUUGAUGGUGAUCAACUAAAGGAGUUUUGGGAACAAAUCAACGAUCAAAGCUUUGAUUCUCGGCUUAAAACAUUCUUUGACAUGGUGGAUAAAGAUGCUGAUGGUAGACUUACAGAAGACGAAGUUAGAGAGAUUAUCAGUCUUAGUGCUUCUGCGAAUAAUCUAUCUACAAUACAGAAGAGAGCAGAUGAGUAUGCAGCACUGAUCAUGGAAGAGCUUGAUCCAGACAAUAUAGGAUAUAUCAUGUUGGAGAGUCUUGAGACUCUGCUUUUGCAAGCGGCAACACAGUCUGUGAUAACAAGUACUGGGGAGAGAAAGAAUCUGAGUCAUAUGAUGAGUCAGAGGCUUAAGCCAACGUUUAACCGCAACCCGUUUAAGCGAUGGUACCGUGGUCUUAGAUUCUUCGUGUUAGACAACUGGCAAAGAUGUUGGGUCAUAGCUCUAUGGUUCACGGUUAUGGCUAUCCUCUUCAUCUACAAAUACAUACAAUACCAGCGUAGCCCUGUGUAUCCAGUGAUGGGAGUUUGUGUGUGUGUAGCUAAAGGUGCGGCAGAAACAGUUAAGCUGAACAUGGCUUUGAUUCUCUUACCUGUUUGCAGAAACACAAUCACAUGGCUUAGGAAUAAGACCAGGUUGGGUGUUGUUGUCCCAUUUGAUGACAAUCUCAACUUCCACAAGGUUAUAGCUGUGGGGAUUAUAGUUGGAGUAACAUUACAUGCCGGGGCACAUUUGGGGUGUGAUUUCCCGCGGCUACUAGAAGCAACUCCAGAGGCAUAUAGGCCUUUAAGACAGUUUUUUGGGGAUGAGCAACCAAAGAGCUACUGGCAUUUCGUAAACUCGAUUGAAGGUAUAACAGGACUAGUAAUGGUUCUGUUAAUGGCAAUUGCAUUCACACUAGCUACACCUUGGUUCAGAAGAGGGAAGCUAAAUUAUCUUCCAGGACCAUUAAAGAAACUAGCUAGCUUCAAUGCCUUCUGGUACACUCAUCAUCUGUUUGUCAUAGUCUACAUUCUUCUUGUUGCACAUGGAUACUACUUGUAUCUCACCAAAGACUGGCACAACAAAACGACCUGGAUGUAUUUGGUGGCACCAGUGGUUCUAUAUGCGUGUGAAAGGUUGAUAAGAGCAUUCAGGUCGAGUAUCAAGGCGGUCACUAUUAGGAAAGUAGCGGUUUAUCCAGGAAACGUGUUGGCAAUGCACAUAUCAAGGCCACAAAACUUCAAAUACAAGAGCGGUCAAUACAUGUUUGUUAACUGUGCUGCUGUGUCUCCAUUUGAAUGGCAUCCAUUUUCAAUCACCUCUGCACCUCAAGAUGACUACCUAAGUGUUCACAUUAGAGUUCUUGGGGAUUGGACAAGAGCUCUCAAAGGAGUCUUCUCUGAGGUGUGUAAGCCACCUCCAGCAGGAGUGAGUGGUCUACUCAGAGCCGACAUGAUGCACGGUGCAAAUAAUCCCGACUUCCCAAAAGUCUUGAUCGAUGGUCCUUACGGUGCACCAGCACAAGACUACAAGAAGUACGAGGUGGUUCUACUGGUUGGUCUAGGGAUUGGAGCCACACCAAUGAUCAGUAUCGUCAAAGACAUUGUCAACAACAUCAAAGCCAAAGAACAAGCCCAACUCAACCGAAUGGAGAACGGAACAAGCGAACCACAACGAAACAAGAAAGAGAGUUUCAGGACACGUAGAGCUUACUUCUAUUGGGUUACACGUGAGCAAGGCUCUUUCGAUUGGUUCAAGAACAUAAUGAACGAAGUCGCGGAACGAGAUACCAACCGUGUCAUUGAAAUGCAUAACUAUUGUACAAGCGUCUAUGAAGAAGGUGACGCUCGUUCCGCACUUAUACAUAUGCUUCAGUCACUAAACCAUGCAAAGAACGGUGUAGACAUUGUCUCUGGAACAAGGGUUAUGUCCCAUUUUGCUAAACCUAAUUGGAGAAAUGUUUACAAACGCAUUGCCAUGGAUCAUCCAAACACUAAAGUUGGAGUGUUCUACUGUGGAGCACCAGCGUUGACAAAGGAGCUAAGGCAUUUAGCUUUAGAUUUCACUCACAAGACAAGCACCAGAUUCUCCUUCCACAAAGAGAAUUUCUAAAAGAGGAGACGACACAGAGUCCGUAAAAGGCAUAUUAUAAACAAGAAAAGGAAAAAGAAAGAAGCAUGAGUUAUAUGUUUCUCGUAAUUUUCACUUCUUCCCUUACUAUUUUUUAAAGAAAUUAAUAUUUGUAUACAUAUAUACUCUCUUGACUGUAGAUUUCUAUUUAUGCU